UUCCGUAGUUUUCUCAUUUCCGCACUAAAAAAUAAACCGCAUUUUGAAGUCGGAAUUGAAUGAGAGAAGAGUAGGCAUCAUGGCACGAGUGAAAAAUACAUCGCCGGAGCCGGGAAAGUGUCGACAAUUUAUUGCAACAUUAAUAAUUAAUUUAUCGUCCCUUACAUUUGGGGUGACACUAGGCUGGGUCUCCCCAGUGAUUCCCGACCUCCAAAUCGGCAAAACCCCGGUGAGUUCAUCUCCAAUGACAGGCGAACAGAUCUCCUGGUUGGCUGCCGUAAUCUGCUUGGGAGCUGCGCUCAUGUUACCAUUCUGCGAUGGAAUUGCCGAACGCCUGGGGCGAAAGCGCACCUCCUUCGUCAUGAUGAUUCCUUUUUUUAUUUCCUGGAUUUUGACAGCUUUCGCGACAGAUUACAUCAGCCUCCUGAUAGCCCGCAUAUUCGUCGGUAUCGGGGGCUCCAUGUGUCUCCUCGUGGUACCGAUUUACGUGGCGGAGAUCUCCGGGGACAGUGUCAGAGGACAACUGGGAAGUAUCCUGAGGUUCGCCUUCAAUGUUGGACUUGUUUUGGGGUAUAUCCUUGGUGCUGUCCUUUCGUAUAAAGUAUCUGCUUUAUCUGCGCUGACGAUGCCCGUUGUCUCGGCCGUUGGACUUAUAUUCAUUCCGGAAACGCCGGUUUAUCUUGUUAGGAAACGGAGGAUUACUGAAGCCACCAGUGCUCUGAUGUGGUUGAAGAGCAAUGACAGAGCCUCAGUCGAUGUUCACCUAGAACAGCUGCAGUUACAAGCCCUGCAGCAUCCGUCGACCGACAAAUCGGUUGGAUUCAGAGAUCUCUUCAGAGAUCGAGCAACAUUUCGAGGAUUUGUAAUCGCCCUGGGAUUGCUCAAUGCCCCUGCCACGUGUGGAUUAUUUGUUGUACUGACCUACACAGCCACAAUUUUCCAACUCGCCGGCAGUUCCCUCUCCCCCAACGCUGCAACAAUAAUCAUAGGAGCGAUCCAAGUCUUCGGAUCAUGGCUGACAACCCUCGCCAUGGACCGAGCCGGACGUAGAACCCUCAUCCUAGUGUCAUCAGCAGGAAUGGUCAUCUGUCACUGCAUCCUCGGCUCCUUCUUCCUUCUCCAGCGCCUCCACUACGAUCUUUCCUCUUUCAGCUGGAUUCCAAUAAUCACAUUGUCCAUAUUUGUUAUUGUUUAUGGACUUGGUGUAGGUCCUGUGCCCUAUAUCAUCGCCACGGAAAUUUUCAGCCCCGACGUGUCUGGAUUCGCCAAUUGCAUCUGCCAAACGGUCAUGUGGCUCGUUGCCUUUCCCUUCAUGAAAUUUUUUCCCCUGGUCAUCGAUACUCUGGGGAUUUACAGUGGCUUCUUCAUCUUCGCGGCAUUCUGCAGCUGCACUGUUAUCUUCACUCACUUUCUCGUGCCUGAGACCAGGGGGAAGAAUAUCCAAACGAUUUUGGAGGGGCUCAAUGCACGUUGGAGAAGCUGAAGUAAAAAUUCCUAUGAAUUUUUAUUGUCGUUUUAUUUGUCUUUCUGACUGUGUGGAAUUUUCAUUGAGAACGUCUUGAAAUAGAAGAUUAUUUUUUGUCAUUGAA